UCUUCUUUUGUUUCUGAUUCUGCCGAAAGAAAGUACAGUAAGACUCUUAACAAUAUUAAGCGGGUCCAUAGCCUUAACCAAAACAAAAACCGUUUUUCCUCUCUCUCUCUCUCUCUCUCUCUCUCUCUCUAACAUUGCUCUCUCAUGAAGGAAAAUAUGGAUCCCCCACAGGGCCACACCAUCAUCUCUUUCUCUCUCUAAAAUCUAAACACACCCUUCUCUCUCUCUCUCUCUCUCUCUCUCUCUCUCUCUCUCUUGUUUGUGUGUUGUGUCAUUUGCUGUUCGUAAUACAAACGCAAGACUGAAUCUUUUAAAGAGGAGAAAGAGACGUUAUUGAUUAUCUUUUCCUUCCCCGGUGCAUGUUUUUGGUUUUCUCUGCAGUUCUGCAUUUGGAUAUCUCCCGAAAAGAGUCUUCAAUUGGGACUUGAAUCUUUGACUUCUAUAGGACAAAGUUGGUGAAUUGAAGGAAUUCUUAUUCAACCACACUUGUACUUUAUUGUUUGCAGAGAUGUCAAGUUAUAGUGGUGUUCUUGUUUCCGACCAAUGGCUUCAAAGCCAGUUCACACAAGUCGAGCUUCGCAGUCUCAAAUCUAAAUUCAUUUCAACAAAGAAUCAGAACGGUAAAUUCACGGUCGGAGACCAGCCGCCUUUAAUGGCGAAAUUAAAGGCGUUUAGAGAAAUGUACACUGAGGAUGAGAUCAAGGGCAUUUUGGGUGACCAAGGUUCAAAUUUCAGUGACGAGAUUGAUUUCGAAGGCUUCCUUAGAGCGUAUCUGAAUUUGCAAGGCCAAGCUACGGAAAAGUUGGGUGGUCCGAAGAACUCUUCAUCAUUCUUGAAAGCCACAACAACCACCCUCCUUCACACAAUCAGUGAAUCAGAGAAAGCAUCAUAUGUUGCUCAUAUAAACAGUUAUCUCGGGGAUGACCCCUUUUUGAAGCAAUAUCUUCCAUUAGAUCCAGCUACGAAUGAUCUAUUCGAUCUUGCAAAAGAUGGAGUUCUUCUAUGUAAACUUAUCAAUGUUGCGGUGCCUGGGACAAUUGAUGAGCGGGCUAUUAACACCAAACGGAUUAUCAAUCCGUGGGAAAGGAAUGAGAACCAUACUCUUUGCCUCAACUCUGCCAAGGCCAUUGGCUGCACUGUGGUUAACAUUGGCAACCAGGACUUGGUUGAAGGAAGACCUCAUUUGGUGUUAGGAUUGAUUUCCCAAAUUAUAAAGAUCCAACUGUUGGCAGAUCUCAACCUUAAGAAAACACCCCAGCUUGUGGAAUUGGUGGAUGAUAGCAAGGACGUUGAAGAGCUCAUGAGUUUACCUCCUGAUAAGGUCUUAUUGAAAUGGAUGAACUUCCAUCUCCAGAAAGCCGGUUACAAGAAAAACGUUACAAAUUUCUCUUCUGACUUAAAGGAUGGAGAGGCUUACGCUUACCUGCUUAAUGUCCUUGCUCCAGAACAUUGCAAUCCAGCCACAUUGGAUAACAAGGAUCCUACUGCAAGGGCAAAAUUGGUUCUUGAUCAUGCAGAGAGAAUGGACUGCAAGAGAUACUUAACCCCAAAAGACAUUGUUGAGGGUUCGGCAAAUCUAAACCUUGGAUUUGUGGCGCAAAUAUUCCAUGAAAGAAAUGGUCUAUCCACAGACAGCAAAAAGAUUUCUUUUGCCGAGAUGAUGACAGAUGAUGUGCAAACAUCUAGAGAAGAGAGAUGUUUCCGACUUUGGAUCAACAGUCUAGGCAUUGCUACUUAUGUAAAUAAUGUGUUUGAGGAUGUCAGAAACGGAUGGAUCCUUCUAGAAGUGCUUGAUAAGGUUUCUCCCGGAUUGGUGAAUUGGAAGCAUGCAUCAAAACCACCAAUUAAAAUGCCAUUUAGAAAAGUAGAGAAUUGCAACCAAGUUGUUAGAAUUGGGAAACAACUAAAGUUUUCGCUGGUGAACGUGGCUGGAAAUGACAUUGUACAAGGAAAUAAGAAGCUCAUACUCGCUUUCUUGUGGCAGUUGAUGAGAUUCAACAUGCUUCAACUUUUGAAGAACUUGAGAUCUCAUUCCCAAGGAAAGGAGAUGAGGGAUUCCGAUAUCCUCAAUUGGGCGAAUAGGAAAGUGAAAAGCACGGGCAGAACGUCUCACAUAGAGAGUUUUAAGGACAAGAGCUUGUCAAGUGGGAUAUUCUUUCUUGAGCUUCUUAGCGCUGUGGAGCCUAGAGUUGUCAAUUGGAACCUCGUUACCAAGGGUGAAAGUGACGACGAAAAGAAGUUGAACGCCACGUACAUAAUCAGUGUUGCACGAAAGCUUGGCUGUUCUAUUUUCUUGUUGCCUGAGGACAUCAUGGAGGUGAACCAGAAGAUGAUUCUCACCCUGACUGCCAGCAUUAUGUUCUGGAGUCUACAACAGCCAGUCGAUGAUGCAGACGGAUCGAUGUCCCCUGCUAAUACCAGCGUUACCACUUCAAGUACUCCCGACGAAUCCCCUGCACCGUCUAUCAGUGGUGAGGACGAAAUCUCCUCCUUAGGCGGUGAAAUCUCAAACUUUAGCAUCGAUGAUGCUGCCUCCGAUACCACCGUCUCCUCCCUGGUUGACAACGAGGGUUCUCCAGUGCCCGAGUGAGCUCAGUAGAUUUUGAUCUGAUCACUUCUCUAGUUUGAGGGGUUAAAAAAUGCUCGAGUCAUGAUAUGUGCCCUGUAAACUAAAAAGUGAUACCUCUUACCAGAGGUGAAGAAAAAGAGUAGAGAAUAUUGUAAAAAUUUUAGUUGUUAAAUAGAACAUAGAAGUAGGCUGUUCUUAGAUACCAGAAAAAAGUUGACAAAAAAAAAAAAAUAAUAAUAGAAUUAGAUGUUGGAUAUUAUUUUUUUUCCCCAUCUCUUUUCUUUAUCCUGCAG